UCGCAUGAGCUGAACACGGAAGUGAUGUCAAAAAAGUUUCUCCGACGCUCUUCCAUGCGGCUUGUGCGGGACGCUAUAGAACGUUGAUUAGAAUGAGCAGGAAAAUCAGACUGGAUGAUGUUGUCCAAAAGUACCUGACCAACUUGGAGAGCCAGAUUGAAAAGGGGGAUCGAAGUCUGGUAUGCAGAGAUGAGCAACUUUGCAAGGAAGUAGAGGCGUUUCUUUCCAAAGACAGUGCCCAGAAGAUCUUUAUCACAGGUGGACUAAAUCCACUGUCAGUGAUGGAAAACUCACUCCGUGCAAUGCCCUUUAAAACUGGCCAUUUGGGUCUUGAGAAACUUUGCAAGGCCUUUGAAGUGUUGGAGCUUGCUGCAUUAAACCUCUACCUUUAUCCUUGGAGAAAGGAGUAUAGAGUUGUGAAGAUGUUUUCAGGUAUGUUCACCCAUUCAAUCAAAUCUGCAUUAACCCUACAGCAGGCUAAAGAGCUGUUUGGGUUGCUUGGAUACCAGCCUUUAGGUCCUACUGAAGAAGAAGAGCUAACUCUCGACCCCAAACUAGUUCCUGCUGAUUUGUUACUCAACCUGGCAUGUGCCUACUUCAUUGCUCGUAUGGAGUGCCAGCUGCUAAUUUCCACCUUGAGCGCUCUGGACAGAGGUGUUGAGUGGGUUCUUCAACUAGUUAAGGAGAGACAGAAGGGCCAUUGCCUUCAGGUAGCAUUGGAGAACAUCAAAAGAAAGUUAGAGUCUACCCAUGCUUCAGAUGUCACCCUAAGAGCUAGUAUAGAUUUGGAGGUGGAUCUUUACACAGAUAAGGAUUUGGUGAGCAAAGCACAGCCAGAUGCUCAUCAGUGGACAGCAACUUGUUUGCCACCUCACUUUUCUUCGUGUAUGCAACCAAAGGAGGGCCUCCUACAAAGCAAUCCUUUAUACGGGGACAUGUCCCAGUCAGACAGGGUGAGUAAUGCAGAUGCUAGCCAGGAAAGAGUGCUCUGUGUCUCAGAGCUUCAGUGCCAGAUCAACAAACCCAAAAACCUUGUCUCACCUCCACAGGUUCUAGGACCACUGGAAAGCUCUGGUAAAGUUCAAACUGAAGGUUGUACCCAGAGACAAACAGCAGAAGUUGGACCAGUGAUGUGCAGCUGUAUCACACCAUCAUUUUUGUAUAUAUACCAGUGUGACCAGUGCAAAGACAUUCACAGUUCACUUUGUGAACAUUAUAAAGAGUGCAGAAACAAAGGGCAUACUUUAGCACUGUGCCCUGACAAAGAUGGACUGCAACAGAAAAUGAAUGUGCAACAAGACCAGCAUAAACAAGGCAAAGAAAAAGAUUCUCUGAAGAAUCAUUAUUGUAUUAGCACUUCAAAGUUGGAUACAUUUUUGGUGUGUUACACCUGUCAAUCAAUCCAUGACCAGAGCUGUGAAAACAUUAACAUAUGCAAAUCACAGUGUCACUACUUGCAAUCCACAGGAAAAUUACAGCCCCCUCAAGGAGAAAGAGCCAAUGCUCCAAAGAGGCACAUGUGUCUUACUGCAGAGGCUCCAGCAUAUGUAAUCUGCCACACCUGUAACAACUCCCAUGAUUGCAUAUGUGAACAUGUGAAAAACUGCAAUAAACUUGCCCAUGAUGUGCAGUACCUCCAAGAAUUGGGUGAUUCAGAAACACCCUGUAAGCCAAUCCCAUAUCAUCAGUGCUGCACUGCUAACCAGCCUUGGCCUGAAAUUGUAUGCCUCAUUUGUAAUGUCUUUUAUUUUUCCGGCUGUCCUGAAGGAAGGCAGUGCUCUCAAAAACAUAAAAUACAACGACUUGAAACUAAAUGUGUCACUUGCUCAAAUUCUGAGCUUUGCAUCCUAUGCAGGUAUUGCUGUGCUCUGUAUUGCAAAAAGUGUUGGUUUAAAAGUCCAAUUUUUUGUAAAUGUGGAAUGCCUUUGAACCCCUCCUCCCCUGUUUAACCUGUACUUCAAAUCUGCAUGCAUAUAUAUUUUACAUUUUAAUCUAAAGUAAGACUAAUAUCACUACUACUCUAAAUUUAUUCCAGAUUACUGGAAAUCAGAAACAUAAAAAUCAUCCUUUAAAAAAAAAAAAAAAAAAUAUAUAUAUAUAUAUAUAUAUAUAUAUAUAUAUAUAUAUAUAUAUAUAUAUAUAUAUAUGUGUGUGUGACAUCUUUAUGCGCUGAUAAGAGUCAUGAAAGAUCAAUCACAGAAAAAGUAACAAGGCAAUUCACUCAUCCUGAAGUGGUUCAAGGAUACAAUAUCUGCCAUCCCAUAACAAUGUCCAUAACUGCCAAAUGAUAGUGAUUCAGUGCAGUAUGUGAUUUUGGUAGACUUAAACUCCUCA